GCCCAGAAGUCGUGCCAACCACUGGUUUUGCAAUUUGCUCACUGAGGUUCGAGGAAUGCAAGUUCCUGUCUUGCUAGUGGCUCUGCUGAGUGUGUGUUCUUGGACUACACUAAGUGUGGAUGGUGUAACCAUCUCCCUGAAUGGCGAGCCUAUUCCAAACAAUAACAUAUCAAAGAGAAGUGUGUACGACUUUGAGUUUGUGAGUUCAAAUGGUGAUUUCGACAGAGCUAUGAGGUGUCAGUCUGAACUGUCUGUGUCUGAAGUUUCUCAAUUUACUACUGCAUGUCAUGUCGCUGACGGAGAUAGUCCAGUCCCUUGUCUUUGGCCAGACUAUGAGUACAUAAGACUUAGUAAUGCUGUCGGUGGUAUAACUCGAGGAUGGAGUGGAAUGAGAGUACCUGAUGAAGGUGGUCGUAGAGCACAUUACUUGUGGAGAAGAUGGGAAACUCCAGAGGAAGGAUAUAUCAACUGUCAUAUGCUUGAUGACAUUAAUCCUGUAUUAGGACUGUACAUCCUCUACCCCAUCACUGAGGUAACUGCAGCUAUUGAGGUGGAGGCGGAAACAUCGACAUUCAGAGUGAGGUGUACCUCCACUGGUGGGAGAGCUCUGAACAUGGCUGUCUCUGGACCUAAUGGAUUCAACUCUGACAUCAGUACCAACAUACAGGCAGUGGGUACUAGGAGGUACCUGGGCAGUGACAGAUACACUGCCAUGACAGAUGUCAUAUCCAGUGGCAGAGUUGGAGAUGUAUUCCAAUGCAAUGUCACUAGUGUUACAUCAACAACUGCUAAUGUAACUGUAGGAGCUCCAGAUACUCCCGAAAGGCUAGUGGUUACUGCAGAAUCAGCCAGUGUCAGAGUGUCCUGGCAUGCAGUAGAAGAUGUUGAAAGAUACGCUGUCACAUUCUCUCAAGUUCGGGGAUAUUAUCAGCAGGGGCAGUGCAACCGUACUGACUCUCAUACUGCCACUCUGACAGUCAGUGCUCCCUCCACUACUGCCAGUAUUGCUGUUGGAGGAGAUGUGGGGUCAACAGUGACAGAUGAGUUGAGAGCCUACACCACAUAUGAGGUGACUGUGAAGGCAGUCAGUGAUGUCAGAGGUACAAGUCGACCUAGUGAGACCAAGAGAGUUCUAACACCACAGACAAGUGCAGGAGAGGCUCCAGGGGAUGUGAGAGCAGAGGCUGAGAGCUCCACUGAGAUCUCUGUCCAGUGGAGUGGCCUCUCCAACUGUAGACUGGUCAAUGGUCGAAUCACUAAAUACAGAGUUCAAUAUGAGACUUGUUCAACGACUGAGACUAGAGACUAUACUCUGGGAGAUAGUGAAAACUGGAACAGUGGAGGACGAGUUACUCUGACUGGACUGAGUCCCUUCACAAACUACUCCAUAUCAGUAGCAGCUGUGAAUGAGAAUGGAGACGUUGGACUAUAUUCUGACCCCUCAACUGUACUAACUCUGCAAGCAAGUAUCACAUGUACAAUCAUAGCUACAUCAGACUCGUGCAUUCAGAGUGAUUCAUCAGCAUUGGUAGCAUAUCUUGGUGGUGUGUUGGGAGUGGUGAUUGUGACUGCUAUAGUAGUGCAGGCUAUGGUGAUAGUCUUUUUCAUCAGGAAACUCCAAAGAGCUAAAGCCUCCACGAACACUACUGGCGUAGAAAUGCCCACAUUGUCAGGAAAUAAAUAUCUGGGCUCGGAGCAGUUCCAGACCUCCAGUAAUGAGGCCUACAAUGUAGUGAGAGGGACUGGAAGUACAGCUGAAGGUGAAUAUGAGGUAAUACGAGACCUUCCUCCCUCCACCUCCUCCCAGCCUACCACUGCUGCUGCUGGAGACUCUCUCUAUGAGUCUGUGUGAUGUGUCCCUACAUUACUGUUCAGUAUCUGACUACUGCAGACAUGCAUGAAAUAUUAUGGUGCAUACUUGAAGUUAGUAAUAUGUGAUGAUGUGUAGUAUUGAAUUAGCAGAGGAGUGAUCUA